AUUUAAAAAAUAUGAGACAAAUAGAAAAAAAAUGAAAAGUUCAUUUUGAGUCGCAAUAAACAUAUAGAUUCUUUGGCUUUGACGAUGAGAAUGAAGAAUCUAAGCUUUUGAUCGUCAAAACAAAUCCAUGGAGAAGAAGGGCGAAAAGCAUACAGUAAACAGCUCAAUGGGUGACUCGGCAUUUUCCGAUCAGAUUCCGGCGAGCAUCUUCGAAUUCCCGCCGCCGUUCUCCGAUGAUCAGCACCCCUUUUCGUUCCUGGACUUGCUCUCCGACUCCCAAGACGACUUCUGCACCAUUUUCGACCUCCUCGAAACCGUGCCGCCGCCCUUGUUUCCUCCGCCGCCGCCGGUGCCCGCGUGGCCGGAGGCGGCGAACACUCCGGUGACACCGAACUCGUCGUCGAUAUCGUCCUCGUCGAAUGACGCUGCGAUUAAAAUUGCUGAUGAAGUUGAUCAAGAUCAUCAAGACCAAAACCAGCUUCUGGUGAUACCCAAAAAGAAGAUUGAGAAGAGGCAAAGAGAGCCGAGAUAUGCGUUCAUGACAAAGAGUGAAAUAGAUCACUUGGAUGAUGGGUAUAGAUGGAGAAAGUAUGGCCAAAAAGCAGUAAAAAACAGCCCCUUUCCAAGGAGCUACUAUCGUUGCACAACGACUGGUUGUGGUGUGAAGAAGAGGGUAGAGAGGUCGUUGGAGGAUUCAGCGAUUGUUGUCACAACAUAUGAGGGAAUGCACAAACACCCGUGCCCCAUAACGCCUCGUAGUCACAUUGCGAAUAUGCCAAAGACUGCAGCCAUACUAGGUGAACGCGCUAGCCCCUGUCGUGGUGGUGGUGGUGGUGGGAGAGGCAGUGGGAGUUCAUCUUUUCUCUUACCUCCUCAUCCUAAUAUGACACACAACCUUCAUCCUUGUCCGCUGAACCACCAUCACCAGCAGCAACAACAACAACAACUGCAACAACCGAUUAAUUUUGCAAUCGUACCCCCGGAUUUCCCUUCUCCUUUGACCUUAAUGAACAAACCUCCAACUAGUAAAGCGAUUCUCCCCCCACCCAACAUUUUGCAUCAAGAUAGAAGCCCGUCGUCGUUGCUUCUUCCUCGAUCUCCAGCUCCUCCCUCUUCAACGACGAUCCGAGAUGGUGGCCUUCUACAAGAUAUACUUCCAUCUCAAAUGAGAAAGGCGCCAAAGAAAGCGGGUGCUGAUGAUCAAGCGAAAGAUGAAUGAGUUCUCUUAAUUAAUUAUAACAUAUCAG